AUGAGGAACUACACAGCACUAACAGCAUUCAUCCUUCAAGGACUGACGGAAGAUCCUCAGCUGCAGGUUUUUCUUUUUCUUUUUCUAUGUAUCACCUACAUUUUCAGCGUAACUGGAAAUCUGACCAUCAUUACUCUAACCUUGGCGGAUCCCCACCUUAAAACUCCCAUGUAUUAUUUCCUCCAAAAUUUCUCGAUCUUAGAAGUCUCAUUUACAACCUUCUGUAUUCCAAGAUUCCUAUACAGUAUGUCAACUGGGGACAAAACGAUUACUUAUAGUGCAUGUUUCAUUCAACUGUUUUUUAUAGAUCUCUUUGGGGUAACUGAAUUUUUUCUUUUGGCUACUAUGUCAUAUGAUCGCUAUGUGGCCAUCUGCAAACCCUUGCAUUAUAUGACAAUCAUGAACAACAAAGUGUGCAAAACAAUGAUUAUCUGCUGUUGGAUGGUAGCACUUAUGAUCAUCUUACCUCCACUUAGCUUAGAUUUUCAUCUGGAAUUCUGUGAUUCAAAUGUCAUUGAUCAUUUUGCCUGUGAUGCAUCUCCUAUCCUGAAGAUCUCAUGCUCAGACACAUGGUUACUUGAGCAGGUAGUUAUAGCCUGUGCUGUGCUGACCUUCAUCAGCACUCUUGUAUGUGUGAUUCUCUCCUACUUAUAUAUCAUAAGGACAAUUCUAAAAUUCCCUUCUGUUCAACAAAGGAAAAAAGCUUUUUCUACCUGUUCUUCCCACAUGAUUGUAGUUUCCAUCACCUAUGGCAGCUGCAUCUUCAUCUACAUCAAACCAUCUGCAAAAGAAGAGGUAAACAUUAACAAAGGUGUGUCAUUGCUUAUUUCUUCUGUAUCACCAAUGCUGAAUCCUUUUAUAUAUACUCUGCGAAAUAAGCAAGUUAAACAAGCUUUUAAUGACUCACUCAAAAAAAGUUGCAUGCCUCUUGAAACGGUAAUAUGUACUUAA